CCUUUUCUUCCAAAUGAAAAAAAAAAGAAAAAAGGCAGCAGAGCUUCCUGGCCUGGCAGUCGUGGGAUUUAGCGAAACGGGUUGAAUUUCUUUUUCUCAGUUCAUGAAAUAUUUUUCAUUCAGGUGCUGCACAGGUGCGUUUAAGAUUGUGGGCACAUCGUCAGGUCAGUGGCAUGUGUUGUUUCAAACGACCUGGUGUAUAUCACAAACAUCACAGGCCACUCACCUGUUUUCACUCACCACACCUGGAGGUUCAGCUAGCUAGCGUCUGGCCUAGCUAGCUAGCUAGCUCGUCAUCAAAACUCGUUGAAUUCAUCGCUACUUUGCAGUUUCUUUUUCAUAAAUCACUUGGUGGUUAAAUGAAGAUUCGUCAGCUGCAUUCAGCUCUGGUGAUGGGGGAGGCCACAGUACAGUGGACUGUACACGGACAUGUCCAUGGAGCCAUUCAGGGGUUGAAACACGGACACGGCUCUGAUUGGCGCUCCAGAGUCCCGCGGAGCAGGGGAGCUAUCGGGUGUCAAUCUCAGAGAGAGAGAGAGAGAGAGAGAGAGGGAGGGAGAGAGAGAGACGCAUGGGAUGCUGAUGAUUGAUCCUCACUGAGAGGAUGCUAUCGAUGCUGCUCGCAAACGCUCCCCCCUCCAGUUUGCUAAACAUGCUAAUGUGCGCCAUCAGACCUGCUCCGCUCCUGAAAGGCUCAUCGCACCAGACUCGGCGGUGAUUGAUGCGUUUCCCUCCUCCCGUGCGCGCAGGUAAUGUGAGCAGCGUGCGCGCGCACACACUGCACAGGCAAGCCGAGUGACCGAUGCAGAACUCCCCGGCGCUGUUCGGGAUGGUGAGCCACUGUCAGGCGCCAGUCUUCACCGACUUCCCCGGCGUCGCGCUCUCCGUGUACAGCGGCGGCAAGGCGGACAUGUGCGCGCGGCGGGCCGGGGGCGCUGCCUUCGGCGCGCAGAUGUGCCGGAGCCCCCACGACGCCGCGGCCCACAUGAACUGCGGCAGCCCGAAGCGAGUCGGCGCGGCCGAGCCGAGGGCGCAUCUGUCGGCCAAAACCCCGCGCUCGUGCUUCUCUCUCGCACCCAUGCAAGUAAAUGGUGCCUACUGCACAGAGAAAGGUGCUGACGCUGACCUGGGUGACGCUCAGGACAGCCUGAUGCGAUGUGGGCAGAGCCUGCCACUGUCAGUGGGGGGUCAUUCAGGGGGGCUUUACCCCCAGAGCCUCCACUGCGACAGACCUACCCCUGACCUCCUUCUGCAGGACGGCCCUCACCGAGACACCAGAUCUUCCUCUGCCUUCCAGAGGACCCUGUCAGGGGUCUCACCUGGCCUGGGCUGCGGCAGUGCCAGCGCAGCUCGCUCGAAUCUCCCUUACCAAAUCAAACAAGAGAACUCAAUGGGUUAUAAAACCUCCAGCACAGUGUCUGGGGUCUGUAACAUGUCUCUGGCCGGGUUUCAGAUCUGUAGAGCAGGACAAGGUUUGGGUGUGCCAAGGGACGGGACAGUUGGAGCUCCGCAUGUUAGCAACAACGGUAGUGGCGUAUGUUCAGCAGGCGGUGUAGGUAGGGCUGCGUCGAGAGACGCGGUGCAAUCGUUCAAUAAUGAAGAUGGCUCCUCCCCACUGGCUUUGUCUCCAACUGGCUCCCAUCAUUCAGCGCGGCUGCUGAGUGCGAACAGUCUGAAGAGACAUUGCCUGUCCCUGGCCUCGCAGUCUACUGCUGCUGCUGGCACCGGCAGCAUCGCUGCCACAAGCUCCCCGUCAGCUACUGGCGCUGCUGCCGAGGAGAUCAAUAUCACCGCCAUCAUCUGCUCCUCCUCACAGAAGUCGAUGUUGGCAUGCAUCAACGGGUUACGUACUAACCUCUCACCCAGCCACACCAGCAGUGCCGGCUUCUCCUCCUCUUCCUCCUCCUCUUCUACGUCCCCACCCUCUAACUCCUGCUCACAGGACGCCCUCCAGAGGCCCCCACCUCACGGCAGCCCCCAGCUAGCCUCGGUACAGGAGAGCUGUCAGCUGUCGUCACCGGCCACCUGCCUGCUGUCCCUCUCCUCCUCCUCCUUCACGUCCUCCUCUUCAGUGUCAUCGGUGGAGCCGGAGCAGGUCCAGGGGCAGAGCCAGGGGCUGUGUGACGAGCAGAGGUCCAUGCUGCAGGGGCGGGGCACUGGAGGAACAGCAGGGGGAGGAGUGGGAGGUUCGGACGGGCUUGGGCUACUGAUGAGUGGGGCCCUGAUGUCUGGGACACUGCAUUCGGGGCCUGAAGCUGGGGCCCUCCUGGAUGGGGGCCAAAGAUCAGGGGCCGCCCUCAAGCAGGAGCCCCUCGAUGACUUCUCUCCCAGUGAGGACGAACUCUUUCAGCACCACUAUCACCAUCAUCUGAGUGGUCGUGCUGGGCACCUUCAUCACCCCCACCACCCCCCUCGACCUGCCAUGCCUCCGCCCUACCACCUGCACCAAUACGUGGGGCCCAGCCCUGGGGGCCUGCUGCACAACCUGAGCCAGCAAACAGCACCAGCCUCUUCUCUGGGACCCAAACAAACCUCUGGAGGCCCUCCUGGAUCCAACACAGCCCCUGAGCAGGAGGAGGUUGUCGGAAGAGCACUGGGUGACAAGCAGGUCUGUCGCUGGAUUGACUGCAGUGCUGCGUACGAGCAGCAGGAGGAGCUUGUGAGGCACAUUGAGAAGGUCCACAUUGACCAGCGCAAAGGUGAAGACUUCACCUGUUUCUGGGCUGGCUGCAUUCGCCGCUACAAGCCCUUCAACGCGCGCUACAAGCUACUCAUUCACAUGAGGGUCCACUCCGGAGAGAAGCCUAACAAGUGUAUGUUCGAGGGCUGUAACAAAGCGUUUUCGCGCCUGGAGAACCUGAAGAUCCACCUGAGGAGCCACACAGGAGAGAAACCGUACCUGUGCCAGCACCCCGGCUGCCAGAAAGCUUUCAGCAACUCCAGCGACCGUGCCAAGCAUCAGCGCACUCACCUGGACACGAAACCGUAUGCAUGUCAGAUCCCCGGCUGCACCAAGCGUUACACAGAUCCCAGCUCCUUACGCAAACAUGUCAAGAUACACUCAGCCAAAGAGCAACAGGUGCGUAGGAAGCUUCGGCCUUGCCCUCACCUGGAGCAGGAUGUCCUGAGUGAAUGUUUGUCCAUGCAGCACCUUCAGAGCUCCACCUCGUCGCAGCACCUCUUCAAUGGCAAAGAUGGCCAUUCUCCUGGACUGGGCCAAGACAUCUUCACAGGCCUGUACACUGGCUCCAGCACCCCCCAUCACAGCGCCUCAGUGGAGCUCCUCUCCCCCAACCCUAACCCCAACCCCAUCACCGCCACUGACCUGCCCUCACGACAACACCGACUAGACCGUGACCUCGGCAGCCCUCAUCACCUGUCCCCACUGACUGCUAUGGACGGCACGCGAGACGGGGUGCCGGGUCCCCUCCUGUCUCCGGGGAUGAAGGGAACGGUGACGCCUCCUCCUCCACCUCCCCCUCCUCCGCUGGAGAAACAGCAUGCUCACCAAAAACACUACUCUCACUAUCACCAUCAUCAGUCGGCUAACGACGAAUACCAAGGCAGCUUUCAGAGCUGCUUCCAUUUCGGAGACUCCUACAGGAUGGAGCAGACGGUCGGUGGUGUCCACGUCCCAGGAGAUUCUCACGCCUACACUUCCCAUCAACACAAUGGCUUCCACAUGUCGACAAACAAUGCCGGCUCUGCGGGCUUCAGCUUGACCCAGGAGCUGCAAGGAAACGCAGGGUGCCAGUUCUCUUCAAGCCCAGAGGAGAGCAUUUUCUUCCAGGUGGGCAACUUCGACCGCAGCCUGAGCCACAUGUCGUCUGUCUACACAGAGACAUAGAGCAACGCUGGAGCAGGGCACGCUUCACCACACCCACUCCACUACUCUGCAGUCUGACUCCUUUCUUUCACAUGCAUCUUCACAUACUAGGAUUACUUCUACUUUAAUUCUUGUUUUGCUUUUUUUCAGCAACAAAACAUAGAUCAUGCAGUUAAACCAAUAUCAUUUAUAGAUUCUUCUGACAUAA